UUUAAGAGCUUAGUUGGAAGAAAAAAAUAAGAGAUUAGCUCUGGUUUUUGCCCUCUAUCUGUCAUGAGCCAUCACUCAUCAACUCAAUGACCCUCAUAAUUGCUGUUUUUAAUGUCCAAUUCUACCCUUGUUGGUGGACUGUCCCUGCUCUCUCAAGGAUAUUGUCCCUUUCCCAGCAAAUAAAAAAUACACCCACCCCACUUCUCGUUGUAGAAAGGUUUUUGCUUGGUUGUUUGUACGGGUAUUCCUACUGCCAAAUGUCAGCUUCUUGGCUUGUUAACAGAUUUAUGAAUACAGUGAUAUAUACAACUUCGAAGCCUGGCUUAUGCUUUUUGAAAUCGGUUUGGAGAGGUUGAACUUUAAAGCUUUUGACCAAGGAGAUUUCAUGUGACAAAACAGGAAGAGAAAAUGCCUGGAGCUAAUUGCCGGUCUCCCUAUUCAUCUUGUCCUCUUUAUCCACACAUGAGUUCCUCAAGUGUUCCAGACAAUGAAAUGCGCAAUAAUGUUCUAAAUAUGUCUCCUAAGCUAUCUUCUUAUCGAAAUUCUCGAAACCAGUUAAUUCCUAGAUUUAUCCAGAGACAUUUUUCCUUAAAAAAGAUUGUAAAGUCAGGGAACAUGCUUUCUUCUGAGGCUUCCCUUAAUUGGAACUCUGAGAACUCAGAGGGUUUUACCCCCUGUGUAUCUAUUCCGAGUAAUGGCACUCCGACUCUGAAGUCUUCUGAUGCAUUGAGGAAGGAGAUUGCCACACUUGAGGCUGAAAUAUUGCAUUUGGAGCGAUAUCUUCUGUCACUUUACAGGACAGCUUUUGAAGAGCACAUGCCUGCCACAUUAAAUGUCCCUAAAAACCAUAUGCAAUACAAGAAUGGAUCACUAUCAAAAGUUCCUGUAAAUCAGUCACAUUUUAAUUUAAGACCACAUAUAGAGAAUAGCAAUUUAAUUUAUCAUGAUCAAACUUCCCCUGCACAUGGCUGGGCUAGUUCAGAUGAUCAGAGUUGCAUCAGUAGCGUACAUACAACAUCAAGGGACCAGAGGAAUGCUGAUUCUGGUCGUCGCAGCCUUGCAUAUCACCUUGGUGCUUCUUGCUUAGUAAAUAGCCUUAAUAUCCCAGAUAGACUCUCUGAAGACAUAAUGAAAUGCAUGUCCUCUAUUUACUGCAGACUUGCUAACCCCUCUCAUAGCCAUGGGGGUUUGUCAUCUCCUCCUUCAUCUUUGUCAUCCUCAAGUAUAUUCUCUUCCCGCUAUCCUUGUGAUAAUUUGAGUCCACAAUACAGUGAGGACACCACAGUGCAUCAUCAAGGGCUGAAAGAAGAGGGUGGACCAUAUGCUGCAAUGACAGAAGUUUUGAAGAUAUGUUUAGAUGAUAAUAGUUUCAAUUAUGCUGCUGCAAUGCUUAAAAAUUUCAGGUCAUUGGUUCGAAGUCUUGAGAAGGUGGAUCCAAGGAAGAUGAAGCGUGAAGAGAAGAUUGCUUUCUGGAUUAACAUUCAUAAUGCAUUGGUCAUGCAUGUGAUGGUGCUUAUGAGAUUUUCUUGGCAGGCAUAUUUAGCAUAUGGAACUCAUAAUUGUGUAAAAGGUGCCUCCAUUUUGAAGGCGGCAUAUAAUAUUGGUGGACAUUGCGUAAAUGCCUGUGUAAUUCAAAACUCCAUUCUUGGAAUUCGGUCACACUAUUCAGAACCGUGGCUGCAAACUCUGUUUUCUCCCGGAAGGAAAUCUAAGACAGGGAGCUCUUGUCAUGUCUAUGCCCUAGAAUACCCAGAGCCACUUGUUCAUUUUGCACUUUGUUCAGGGGCAUAUUCUGACCCUGCGGCUCGGGUUUACACAGCAAAGAAUAUCUUUCAAGAAUUGAAGCUUGCUAAACGAGAAUUCAUUCAAGCUAGUGUCUAUAUUCAUAAGGAGGCAAAGAUUUUCCUACCAAAAAUACUUUCUUACUUUGCAAAGGAUAUGUCAAUGGAUAUGCAUGGGCUCUUGAAGUCAAUAAGUGGGUGUCUCACAGAAGCUCAAAGGAAAGCUGUGAGUAAAUGCAUGAAAAGAAAGGUGGACAAGUACAUCCACUGGUUACCACAGAGUUCGUCCUUUCGGUAUGUGAUCCAUGGGGAAUUUGCCAAAGGGAGAUAAAAUUGUCUGAUCCGCACGAUCUCUUUAUCCAUGUAGGAUCUUUUAAACAUAGUAACGGUAAAAUCUUAAGCUGUACAAAAGUAAUGGAAUGAUUUUCAGUAUCUUAAAGGAAAUGCAAGUUACGAACAAUUUCUUUGUAAGAUGUAUUUGUGUUUCUAAUGUGCAAAGUGUCUGAAAGAAUGAUAUUUAAAA